UCCGGCGUGAUUCGACGGUUGAAGAAGUUUAAACAGUUAGUCAGUUAUUGUCAUUUCUGGUCUCAUUGUAGCUUUUGUUAACCUUUUGUAAACAGGAGACGGUUUUACCGAGCUUUCAAUUUAGUGUCUGUUAGUGUAACGCCGAGUUUAACUCCGUAAGGACUACUUGUGUAUCAACAGCAGACCUCCUGUAGUGACUUUUGAAAUAAUGCUGCGCAGUGACACAUGGCCACAAUGAAUCCUGGAACCCUGACCCUGAGGGCGCUGCUGCUCCUGGGGCUCUGGAACACCGGGAGAAGGAGUCUGGCCUCAGCCCCGGAGCUGCAUGAGCAGCCCCAAAAGAUUGCUGUGGUUGGAGCAGGCAUCGGUGGCACAGCUGCAGCGUAUUACCUGAGGCAGGAGUUUGGAGUCUCGGUAAAGAUCGAUGUGUUUGAACCUGGCGCUGUUGGCGGGCGACUAGCGACGGUGAAGAUGGGAGAUAACGAGUAUGAGACGGGAGGCUCGGUCAUCCAUCCCCUGAACCUACACAUGAAGCACUUUGUGGAAAAAUUAGGUAUUCCUCCGAGGAAUGCCGUCCCCUCUAAAAUGGCGAUCUUCGAUGGAAAGGAGCUCACGUUUGAAGAGAGUGACUGGUUUAUAGUAAAUUUCUUCCGCAUGCUCUGGCGAUAUGGGUUCAACUUCCUCCGAAUGCAGAUGUGGGUGGAGAGUAUUUUGGACAAAUUUAUGAGGAUCUACCAGUAUCAGCAGUAUGGUUACUCAUUCUCCAGCGUGGAGAGGCUCCUGCAUGCCAUGGGCGGUGAUAGUUUUCUUACCCUGAUGAAUCAGACUCUGGAGGAAACGAUGAUGGGCGAUGGAUUUUCACAGAUCUUCCUCAACGAUAUCGUUACACCCAUCACUCGCGUCAACUACGGCCAGAGUGUCCGCAUCAAUGGCUUUGUGGGGGCUGUAUCAUUAGCAGGAGCAGAUUCAGGCCUGUGGGCAGUGGAUGGAGGCAAUAAGAAAGUAUGCUCGGGACUGUUGUACCACAGCAAAAGUGAGCUCAUCCCUGCCAGAGUGACCUCCAUUUCAGUCAAAGUCCGACCAUCCAAGAGAGGCACCACGGCCAGCUUCUAUGAGGUGAAUUAUGUGGGAGAAUCAGGCUCAGCACACUCUCUGUAUGACAUAGUGAUAAUAGCAACGCCGCUUCACCAGGGAAAGUCUGACAUCACCUUCUCAGGUUUCUCCCCUCCGAUCCCAUCUCACUACCCGGGGCGUUACCACCAGACCGUCACCACCCUGGUCCACGGCCUGGUGAACAUGUCCUACCUCGGGACCACAGAACCGGCCUCGGACUUUACCGUGUCCGACGUCCUCACCACAGCCUCAAAGGGUUGUGUCAUCAACAGCCUGAGCUCUCUUGACCCUGUCCACAUCCCUCAGGGUUAUAAGCGACCCCCUGCCAGCCAGCCCAAUGUCUGGAAGGUGUUCUCCCCACAGCCGCUGUCCCAAAAGCAGCUGCAGGACAUCUUCCUCUCCUGGGAUUCGGUGUCUGAGACUCAGUGGCUGGCUUAUCCCUCUUACCGCCCUCCGCAGCGUAAGACCCCUCCUUUUAUCCUGCACCACCGGCUGUACUACCUCAAUGCCGUGGAGUGGGCGGCAAGCGCCAUGGAGAUGAGCGCCAUCUCUGCGAGGAACGUGGCCCUGCUGGCACACCACCGCUGGCACCAGCAGGUCAGCAAGAUCGACCAGGAGGACCUGCACACCCGACUACGAGGAGAACUGUGAGGAGGGAGAACUAAAAGCAGUAAAAUACAAGUUCACUAUAAACCCACAUGCCUGCUGCGCUGCAGAAGCACUCCUGUUGGGGCAAAUCCCAUAUCUAUGUCAGGUAUCUGGGUGUUCUAACCUCUUGUAAACCCCAAAAAACAUUCUGUUUGUUUGUUUUUAAACUUGGAUCUUAUUGGCCUAGUUUGGCCAUCAUUUCUCUCUUUUACUAAAAAAAGUAAGUGCUGAGGUCUGGAAGCAUGGUGACAUCGCUAUAUUAAAGUCAGCAGCCAAACAAUCAGACAGGUUUAACCAAAUUAUCUAGACCACCUUAACUGGGGGUAAGUAAUCUCUCAUUGCACAUGAAAGCUGCUUAUGCACACACAACUACUUCAAAUAUGACAUUUUAAAGUUGAACCAGGAAGGUGUUAAUGUUUGUUUUCUCUUCAAAAUAAGAGGCCAGUCACUCAGCCAGGUUGAGAACACAUUCCCUUAACCAUGUCUCUGCUUUCCCAGAUCUCAGCAGUUACCUUGGUGAGUAUAAUGUCAUUAUUAGCAAUAAUGUGGUUGAAACUAUGAAAAAAAAGACACACUAACAGUAGCCACAAUUCAUCAUUCACCAGCAACAGAAGCACAAAUCACACUGAAAGGUGGAUCAACAUUGUACUGUGCUGAAUUUAGUAAUCACUGUGAAACAUGCUGCACUGCAGGGUAGACACACUCCUCAAGUGUUCCUCUGUCUACAGGAGAGUCUUGACCAGAUGUAUUUUUUAAUGUGCUUUCCUGCUGUUUCGAACACGGUACAGCUAACAUUCAGGAAAUCAGCUUGUCACACAAACCAGUCGUCAUUACGUUCUGGCCAAAUUCCUUUUUAUUGAUAGAUUUAUGUGUAUUUCAGUGAUUUCUCAGCCGCUCCCUUCAGGUCUUCCUGCGUCAUUUUUAAUUAAGUGAAAUUUGCCAUCAGAGUCAGGCCACUAGGAGCGAACUGGAAAGAUGCAUUUCUCUAUUACUGUAUACUAGUUAAUCAGUUUCAAAGCAUUCUGUACCUGUGAUUUAUCAGAUGUCAUGUUGCUUAAACCACUUUCAUGUUUUUUAGACACUUUGGGAGGAAAAUCGUAGUUUGCUAAUUGUUUCUCGAGCACUUUAGAGGUGUAUUUUUCUCAAUCUUUGAAAGUUUCUUGGUUGUGAGUAUACGUCAAGACAUACUGUAGCAAAAAUAAUAUUAAUAGUGUGAUUAAGUGACAGUAAACUUUCAGUUUUACACUUAAGUCCUUGACCAACCAUGUGAAGUAUUUAGACAGGCUUCUUCUGCACAAAUAAAAUGAGACUUUGACAAAUUUAGAUGUCAGACAACACUGAAACCUCUCUGAUCACACUGUAUGUUUUCUAAGUGUUUACGAUCGCAAUAAAGUGAUGAGGCCUUGUC